UCAUAUGCAGGGCAAUGGGUGGACUCCAAGGGCCCACGAUGAUGACUCAAAUUACAAAGCGUGCAUCACAAGCCUGCUGUUUUGUUGAGCGGGGCAGGAAUGGUGUAAGCGGUCUUGUGAGGACAAGGCAAAUCAGGUGUACUGGGUGGAGGGGAGAGAGAGAAUACACACAAAUAGACACACACUCCAGAGAGAAAAAUAUGCACUUUUGUAGAUUGGCAGUCAGAUAAAAAGUGUGCUGGAAAUAUAACAUGAACUACACAAAUUGAGGCUUAAAAGAGGGAUUACUUAUAUUCGUUAAGACUAUCCUUGACGGUUAGCCUUUUAGGUAACUAAAUGGAACCUUCAUGUUCAGAGCCAGUAUACCAGUGGCUACUAAUUGCCUCAGGUUCAACGUCAGAGAAGGGCUGUUGCCUUCAUACUCUGCUGGUGGCUUUCAAGAAGCAUCUGAUUGGCCACUGUGGAACAAGGUAGAUCUUAUGCGUACCUUCACAUUCCGUAACUCUAAGCAAACCUACACAGGGAUCCCCAUUAUAGUAGCAAAUAUGGAUACAGUGGGCACUUUUGAAAUGGCACAGGUUAUGACUAAACAUGCAAUGUUCACUGCCAUACACAAGCAUUACUCUCUGGAAGAAUGGAAACUGUUUGCAAGCAAUCACCCAGAAUGCCUUGAGCAUGUAGCAGUUAGCUCAGGCAGCGGAAUGAUAGACUUUCAGAAACUGACAAAUAUCAUAGAGGCUAUUCCACUUCUCAAGUAUAUCUGCCUGGAUGUGGCCAAUGGUUAUUCAGAACAUUUUGUGGAGUUUGUGAAAGUUGUACAUGCCAGAUUCCCAAAUCACACCAUCAUGGCAGGAAACGUGGUGACUGGAGAGAUGGUAGAAGAACUUCUUCUGUCUGGAGCGGAUAUUAUCAAAGUAGGAAUUGGACCAGGAUCUGUGUGUACCACUCGAAUAAAAACUGGUGUGGGCUAUCCACAGCUGAGUGCAGUGAUUGAGUGUGCAGAUUCUGCCCAUGGACUGAAGGGGCAUAUAAUUUCAGAUGGGGGAUGUAGCUGUCCAGGAGAUGUUGCCAAAGCUUUUGGAGCUGGUGCUGAUUUUGUGAUGCUCGGGGGAAUGUUUUCAGGACAUGAUCAAUGUGCUGGAGAAAUCAUAGAAAAAAAUGGCAAAAAAGUUAAGCUUUUCUAUGGGAUGAGCUCUGAUACAGCUAUGAAGAAGCAUGCAGGAGGCGUUGCUGAAUACAGAGCUUCAGAAGGCAAAACAGUGGAAGUGCCUUACAAAGGUGAUGUUGAGGACACCAUCCGUGACAUACUGGGAGGGUUGCGAUCUACCUGCACUUAUGUAGGAGCUGCCAAACUCAAAGAGCUUAGUCGAAGGACAACAUUUAUUCGGGUAACUCAGCAGCACAGCCAAGUCUUUUCUUAGCCAAAAGGAGAAAAAUGUGUGGAGCUGUGAAGCCUGGCUGGUUCCUUCUCCUUUUCUUUGCAAUAUCACUUCCUGCUGGCACACUCCAAGCUAAGAAAGAAAGCAGAUUGAUUGCCACCAAUGUUUAUUGUAGUGGUGGGGCUAAGCCUAAAGGAGGACAAGCCAUAAUCUGCAGCAAUCACCAUGAUUUUUAAUUUAUUUUUUGUUCAAGACACAAUAGCACUCUCUUUUUACAGCCUUGUCUAUUUAAAUGGAAAGUCUAGCUUGAUCUUUUAAUCAAAAUGCGUGAAAGUCACCAUUCAUCGUAUAUCAGUGUGUUGAAACAGUUCCUAAUACUAUAAAGCAAAUCUGCCAAAAUGUUUUCAGUCAAAUAUUCAUUUUCUGCUGCUUCCUUAGCACGGUAUGAAAGGUCAGAACAACAGGAAGACCGCGUUGAAAACAAGAAGAUGCUCAUUGCAGGGGUGUUGCCUGAGCUUACCAGUCUUGGAGCAGCACUUCUAAAGUGCAAAGAUGCUGCUUUAUUUUCACUGUGACAUUAGAUGCUCAAUUUUUAAUGUGUGCCGAUAUAUAAAUGUUCUUAAAAUUGUUGAUUAAAUUAUUAUAUUUA